AAAUCAAAUCCACUUUAAUUCGAUUUUCAUCUAGAUCUGAGCGAACUCUGUUUGUUAAGCGAAGAUGGAGGAGAGUUUGAUCAAGCGCCUGGAAGCUGCGGUUACGAGGCUCGAGGGGAUCUCAAGCACCGGAGGAGGAGGAGUUACUACUCUUUCCCGCGGAGGAGAUUUCUCCGCCGCCGGCGCCGGAACCGAUGCCGCCGCGUCCUCCGAUCCGUCGAUCCUGGCCUACGAAGAUCUGAUUUCGCAGUGCGUUGGCAGGGCUCUGAGCGCGGCGGAGAAGAUCGGCGGACCUGUUCUAGACGUGACGAAGAUCGUCGCCGAAGCGUUCGCAACGCAGAAGGAUCUGCUCGUUCGCAUCAAGCAAACUCAGAAGCCUGACAUGGCUGGGUUAGCUGGAUUUCUCAAGCCGUUGAAUGAUGUUACGAUGAAAGCUGACGCGAUGACUCAGGGAAGGAGGUCUGAUUUCUUCAAUCACCUGAAGGCUGCGUCUGAUAGUCUAUCUGCAUUGGCUUGGAUUGCUUUCACCGGGAAAGAUUGUGGUAUGAGCAUGCCAAUCGCUCACGUGGAAGAAAGUUGGCAGAUGGCUGAGUUCUACAACAAUAAGGUUUUGGUGGAGUACCGUAACAAAGAUGCGAACCAUGUGGAAUGGGCUAAAGCCUUGAAGGAACUUUACUUGCCUGGUUUGAGGGAUUAUGUGAAAAGUCAUUACGCCUUGGGACCUAUAUGGAAUGCAUCAGGGAAACCUGCUAGUGCUCCUCCUGCCAAGGGUCCACCUGGUGCUCCUGCUCCUCCCCCAGCACCGGUUUUCAGUUCUGAAUCUUCCAAGCCAUCAUCUUCGUCCAACCAGAAACAAGGGAUGUCUGCUGUUUUCCAGCAGCUCAGCUCUGGUGCUGUGACCUCAGGUCUUAGAAAAGUGACAGAUGAUAUGAAGACAAAGAACCGUGCUGAUAGAUCCGGAGCAGUGAGUUCCAUUGAGAAGGAAACUCGUGCAACUAAACCAGCCUUUUCGAAAACUGGACCACCGAAACUGGAGCUUCAAAUGGGUCGCAAGUGGGCUGUUGAGAACCAAAUUGGAAAGAAGGACUUGAUUAUCAGCGAUUGUGAUGCCAGACAGUCUGUGUAUGUAUUUGGUUGCAAAGAUUCUGUAUUGCAGAUACAAGGAAAAGUCAAUAACAUCACCAUUGACAAAUGCACCAAAAUGGGUGUUGUCUUCACGGAUGUUGUUGCUGCAUUUGAGAUAGUGAAUUGCACCAACGUAGAAGUACAAUGUCAGGGUUCAGCUCCCACAGUUUCUGUGGACAACACAACUGGCUGUCAGUUAUACCUAAACCAAGACUCAUUAGAGACAGCUAUAACAACAGCCAAGUCGAGUGAGAUCAAUGUAAUGGUCCCUGGUACUUCCCCUGAUGGAGAUUGGGUUGAACAUGCACUGCCGCAACAAUACAACCAUGUGUUCACCGAAGGGAAGUUCGAGACGACACCGGUCUCGCACUCAGGUGCCUAAGUUAAGGGGGAUCUCUGUUCAGUCUGGAUUUUGCUUAAAUAUCAGGUCUUGUUUUAACUUGUUUUCCUCAGAAUCUGUUUGUUUGUGGUUCUGUCUCUAAAUUUUUUUGGGAUUGGAGGUUCUUUUGUUUGUUUGUUGUCAUCUCGAUCAUCUUCUCUUUUGUUCGUCUUUGGAGGGUUUUGGAUUGGAUUGGAUUUGGGCUUUUCCUUCUUUUUUUUUUUUGGUGCGCUCAUACUUUUUCGGAGUUAUUGCUGAUGAAAUGUGAACAAAUCUUGGAUAGAAAAAGCUGUGGUCCUACUCUUGGAAUAUGCAAUUUUUUAAUGUAUUA